CGUAGCGCCGUCUGCCGACCGCCGGCAGUAUUGCCCCGGUCCCCAGUGCGCACACUCCGUACUACCCGACAUUGCCGCAUUUAUUGUCUCUAACUCUUUAACCCUCCAAUCAAUCCCGUCAAAAUAAGUCAGUUCUUUAUUAUUUUCGCGAUCCGUGGUGUUUUCGUUUUAUAAAGAAACGUUCGCGCCGAAUCCUCUAAUCGUUUCCUCCUGGGCCGCCGGCCCAUUACGUCAACAUAAGCGCUCCCGCGGGUUCGCAUCGGGAUUGUUAUGUUUAUUAUCGUACCUACGCGGAUACUAUCUUCAUCCUAAAAGUGUCGUUUACACUGGAGCUUUUAGAUGAUCUAAGCGCCUCGACUACGGAGGUGCAUCGAAUUUAUUGUAAUCGAAUCAGUUGCACAAAUAAAAUUUAGACAAAUAAUAUAAUUCUUACUGCCAUCAAAGAAAAUAAGUGUUCGAAGUUUUGACUCUAGUUUAAUUAAUUGUGAAAGUGGAGAAUUUAACGCACACCAGAAGAAAUGCCGGAGUGACUCCGGUGACGGACAGAUACAGUGUUAUUCUGACGAUAUCAACGACAUCUACCGACGGAUUCGCUUUGAUAAACGAUUACAACGCCGCCCCGCUGUUCGCCUCAGAAAACGCCUCCAGUGAAGUGUGGAGUGCGGGCGGCGGGGGUGGCGGUACAGCAUGCGGUAGCAGCGGCAUGGACCUGAAACACGAGGUGGCCUACAGGGGUAUCCCGAGUCAGGUGAAAGCUGAGCCCGGGGUCAGUCAUAACGGUCACCUGAACGGGCAGGUCCGCGACUGGAUGGCGGGUGGAGGGUCGCCGUCGCCGGCGACACAGCCGCAGCCCAAUGGCUAUUCGUCACCGCUCUCCUCGGGCAGCUACGGUCCGUAUAGUCCCAAUGGAAAAAUAGGCCGCGAAGAAUUGUCGCCCGCAUCGAGUGUAAAUGGUUGCAGCACAGAUGGAGAAGCGAGACGGCAAAAGAAAGGUCCAGCACCUCGCCAACAAGAAGAAUUAUGUCUCGUAUGUGGCGACAGAGCCUCCGGAUACCAUUAUAAUGCUCUCACCUGUGAAGGCUGUAAAGGAUUCUUCAGGCGGAGUGUUACUAAAAAUGCUGUAUACAUUUGCAAAUUUGGUCAUGCAUGUGAAAUGGAUAUGUAUAUGCGAAGAAAAUGUCAAGAAUGUAGAUUAAAGAAAUGUCUCGCUGUGGGCAUGAGGCCAGAAUGUGUAGUCCCGGAGACAACGUGUGCGAUCAAAAGAAAAGAAAAGAAAGCACAAAGAGAAAAAGACAAACUGCCAGUCAGCACAACGACAGUUGAUGAUCACAUGCCGCCCAUUAUGCAAUGCGAUCCACCGCCCCCAGAAGCUGCCAGGAUUCUGGAAUGUUUGCAGCAUGAAGUGGUCCCGCGGUUCCUCUCGGAAAAGCUCCUGGAACAGAACAGGCUGAAGAAUAUCCCUCCACUAACGGCGAAUCAGCAGUUCUUAAUCGCGAGGCUCGUCUGGUAUCAAGACGGCUACGAGCAACCUUCCGACGAAGACUUAAAAAGGGUUACUCAGACUUGGCAGGAAGCGGACGAAGACGACGAGGAAUCCGACUUGCCGUUCCGUCAGAUCACAGAGAUGACCAUCCUCACGGUGCAGCUGAUCGUCGAGUUUGCGAAAGGCCUGCCAGGAUUUGCCAAGAUUUCUCAACCUGAUCAGAUUACCCUUCUCAAGGCUUGCUCCAGUGAAGUGAUGAUGUUGCGAGUAGCGCGGCGGUACGACGCGACGACAGACAGCGUGCUGUUCGCCAACAACAGGGCAUACACUCGCGAGAACUAUCGCAAAGCCGGCAUGUCCUACGUCAUAGAGAACCUACUGCACUUCUGCCGCUGCAUGUACACCAUGUCAAUGGACAACGUGCACUACGCCCUUCUCACUGCCAUCGUCAUCUUCUCAGAUCGGCCCGGGCUGGAGCAGCCGCACCUGGUGGAGGAGAUCCAGCGGUACUACCUAAACACGCUGCGCGUGUACAUCAUGAACCAGCAGAGCGCGUCGACGCGCUGCCCCGUGGUGUUCGGCAAGAUCCUCUCCAUCCUGUCGGAGCUGCGCACGCUGGGCAUGCAAAACUCCAACAUGUGCAUCUCGCUCAAACUCAAGAACAGGAAGCUGCCGCCGUUCCUCGAGGAGAUCUGGGACGUGGCCGAGGUGUCGACGACCCACCCGCCGGCCAUCGUGGAAAACCCCGUCGAGCUCUAGCCCCUGCGCCCCCCCCAGCGCUCCCCCUCGCGCCUGCGCUCGCUCGGCCGCUAGGCCGCGUCCACCGGGACCGACCGCCGCCCUCCGGAGAGAAACGCUCAUAGACUGGCUAGUUUAAGUGAAGUGCACGGACACUCGUGACGGACGUGAUCGAACUAUUUAUAAGGACAGUGAGGGAGCCGCCGCCGCGGAGCCCGUCUCGUGCGUAUUCGGUGACCGACCGCGAUGUGCGAGUAUAGUGAAUAUAUGUGCUGUUGAACGUUGGAGAAUAUAUUUAGUGUUGAUAGUUAAGAUAUGACUGGAUACUGAGUUGGUCACUCGGAUACGACUGAUAAGACUUGGAUAAGUACACCCUCCUAAAUUAUGUAAAACGUACAUACACUAUGAGAGUUAUAAGAGAAAAAGUAAUAUAUGAGAGAUGUUUCUAUUGGGUGAAAAGUUGAUAGUUAUGUUUAUUUACCAAAAUUAACGGUUCGUUGAUUAACCCUUUCGAUUAAUAUAUAUGUAUAUUAGAAACGUUCGCUGCGAACGUUCCGCGGGGCCGGAGAUAUCUGUCGGCGGACGUUGUUAAUGAUUUACGACUGUGUUUGUUUAUAUAUAGUUUAUGUCAGACGUGUUAUCGUGUCCUGUCGAUUUUAGUUCCGAUUCAUGUUCCAUUGUCCUGUGCCCGCGUCCCUCGAUUUAACGAAUAAUUAUAAUUUAUUAUUGCUGUGAUUACAUUUAUAAAUGUUGAAGUAUCUUAGGUAGGCUGAGAUAAGUGUGUCUUAUUACAUAUAGAUGUUCUACUGUCGCAGUAGCUCUCAUAAACGCAUCACCGUUUUCCUGUCUACCUGUUUGAGUAUUUUGAUAGUUAACGACAUAAUUAUAUAUAUGGGUGAUUCAUUUUAUACAGUGAUCACACUGCACUGAGUCGAUUUUACUUUAGGCAUUGACUUUCGCUUUCACUGGUACGAUGUAAGGCCAUUUGAUGUUGAAUUACUUAAGUUUGAGUUACUGGAGGCCAUAAAGCGUGUCACGUGCAAUUUACCAUAGUUCGUCGUAGAAUAAUUUAUAGGUUUAUCGAAUAGACUAUUUGUGUCACACGUUGAUCUAAAUUAGGUAACGGAGGCAGAUAUGGCUAUCAAUCCCAGUCUAUAUAACCUUAAUAAAUAUGUACAAAAAUCAAAUAUUAUAUAAUGUUGAGUAAUUCUACUUAUAUAGGCGUCACAUUGCGUGCGAGUCAGGCAGCUAUUAGGUAGGUAUGUGUAUGGUUAGACAUAUAGUGCCCAUAAAUCCUUCUUUAUAUUAUGUUUCUCUAUAUUUUUAAUCUGUUUAUUUUUUUUUUUAAUUAUCUCUUUAUUUUAAUCUACGUUCUCUUCUAGUAUAGCAAACAAAAUUGAAAUGGCAGCUGGUUUAAGUAAUAUACUUUCUUCUUAUUAUACUAUUUGGCCGAGCUUACUAUAUGGGAACAAUAUUGGUAUAGAUUAUAAUGUAAAUGUUGAUAGUGUACACGCACGCAAUGGGAGGUCUACGAUAUACGACCAAAUCUGUCUCCGCUUUAAAUAUUCUAAGGAGAAGUCAUUUAAAAAAACGAUAUUAAAAUAAAUAACAAAUACUUCACAUUAAGAUAAAUAAACUGCCCAUUAUAUACAAUAUAUUACACAUACGAAAUGCCUUAUUUCGCGUUACCUGUACUGUGUACCUACAUUGUUGAAUGGAAUGUCAUAGUUAUAUAGAAACUAAAAUAAUCGAUCUCAAUUACCCGUAAGCGUUGUUAAAGCAUAAAUUAAGCGUGUUUUUCGUUUAUUGCUGGGCAUUUUUAUCUGAUAUAUUCCGUGGACUUCCCGCUUGCAGCGCCUGACCGGGUCCGAUUCCCGCAGACACCGCAUUCACGAGCCGACACUUCACCAUCCAUAACAUUUAACGCUACUAAGAUGUAACAUUAAGUCUCUGAUGCGUGUUGAAUGAGUCUUAUCUACAUGCCACUGUGUUGUACAUUUACAUAUUACGUAUGCCUGAGGUUUUUCGAAGUGUUUCUAAAUGUACGUAUAAAUAACAGCGUGAGACGAUCGAGCUUGCACCGCGGACCGCGCUAGUCCGCUUUUAAAACAUCUUUUCGAAUUAUAUAUAAUUUUAUUGUAGCGGUAGGCGAUUUCUAUAAUAGUUACAAAGCACAAACGUCAUUAGAGUGUCCUGCGACUCUCGCGUCACUCCGGCGAGGGCACUGACAACACACACUGCCAUUAAAAACGUACGUUCAUGGUGCGGUAUGAUUGAGGUUAUAACGGAUUUUAUACAACACCUUUAAGUGUCUAGGGUUUAAAACUAGAAGUGUUAGGAUAUAACCGUCACGAUUAACUUUACGCUACGAUGCCUUAUAACUGAGAUGCGAUCGUAAGCGCUCGAAGCCCUACAGUACAGCUGCAUACAUUGCAUCUCAAGUUUGUGACAAAUAUAACUGCCAUUCGAUAAGUAAAUUGUUAUACAUCAUUUGUCGCGUAGAAUUUCAUACGUAUAGCUUCAUAGUUGACGGUCUCCGUCGGUGCACAGCCGGUCGUAUUUGAUACAUAUUAUUCAAUUUCGAAAUUGUAAUAGAUUUAUUAAAUACGUAAUAAUCUCAGACGAGAAAUUAAUAAGUAAUGAUUACCCCUAAUAUAAUUUGUGUCUUUAGCUGAUAAUGGAAUAAGUACGAUAAUAAGUUUAUAUCGCUCGGGAUGACGCUGUGUGAGCAUCGCUGAGUGGGACGGGACGAGAACGAACAAGAGAACGACGGACGCCUCGACUGUUAUAGGCAUACAUACAAGGGCCGGCCACACGCUCGACGCUACGUGCAAAAAGGAGAACUACGAAUCAAAAUCGCAUAUGUAAUCCUUACAAUGCUAAAAUUUGUAUUUUGCAUAGUUUAACGUAACGGUAUGUUACUGAUGGAAACAUCAAACUUAGCAGUAUUGCGUACCAAAGCACAAGUAAGUCUGCGUGUGGCUGGACCUUCACACCCUGCCCUUAGCCUUAACUCUGUUUCAUUUGUGUCCGUGGCAGGUCCAGUCUCCUGUACGAAGCUGUACAUAGGUACCUUUAGAUUCUAUUGUCAUAUGUUUGACAUAUGUUUAAUUUUAUUCAUCUAAGAAAGUACAGAUGGCUGUUGUUAUUUUUAUAUUAUUUGGGUAGAAUUAUAUUUUUUUGUAAAUGACUUCUGUAUUUAUCAUUUGUAAGCUUUGUAAGCCAUAGGGACUUAGAUUAUUAUACGAGCUACGAACAUUGUGAUCGAAUUUGAUUACUAUGAAUUUGUAUUUAAUGAGAUAUUUUUUUUAUUUCGUUCUGCGUAUAUAAUAUAAUUUUUCUUCGUUUCGACAGAUUUUUCUAAAUAAUUUUUUUUUGUUACUUCAGAGUGCAAUAUGUACAAAUAUUUACAUAUAAAAUAUUAAAUGUACAGUCAUUUUUUAGUUUUAAUGUGUAAACGCAAUAUCUUUCGCUAUUCAUUCGUUGAAUGUACAGCCGGGAAGCAUAAUAAACUAUCACAAGUGGGCCCAGAGCGCACUCUCACUAUUGUGUUUUUCUAAUACUUAAGCGAUUAAUUUUACAUAGACGGACUAGGUGAUCUUUGUAUUUAAAUUUGCUAAUUUUUUGUAGCAGAUUAGAUUUGUUUACUCGGAUAAGAUGAAUAAUGUACAUUUUGAAUUGAUUUUAAAGUGAUUUAGUUGUUAUUUAGUGACGAAUUUUCUUAGGUGUAACUGGCAGCCUCGUGGCCAGUCCACUGAUACCAGUGUGAUUUGUGCAAUGUCCAUUAGAAAAAUUGUUUUAAUACGGGUGCCUUGUUACUGUGCCCGUAACAUUCCAGUUCACGGUGCGAACGAAAUCAAGCAAACGAAUUCUUUCUUCAUUUCAUACUUUUCAGCUGUGUGAUUGGAUAUUUAUUUUAAAAUAUGUAAAACAUUAUAUAAAGUAAAAUUCAUUUAUUAGAUCAUUCUUCACAGUCGAAAAGUAAGCUUGGUUUUGCCUUAAUCAGUAAAUUUUGUUAAAACGAUUUGGACAUUCUGACGUCUGACUUCGUUUGCUCUCAGUUGCUUUCGUUCGACGUGUAACUGGUUUUAUAUCUGCGGCAGGGUCUUCCCCGCCGCUUUCUGCUCCCAUUGCUCUGUGCCACGGCGAAUGAUACAGGAAGGCUGAUUUUAAAAUUUAAGAGCCCAUUCCGACAUUAUGGAAACAUUUUUUGUAUCGUUUCUUAUUUCUAUUUGUUCAUGUAACUAUAGUUUUCCUCCUAAUAAUUUGCCUUAGUUAAUCCUUUAUGUAUGAUUUAACAGUGGUCAAGCGAAUUAGAUAUAGGGAACAGACGAUAUGUUAAAAAUUUUAGAGUCAACUUUUAUAAAAGAUACUACAAAAACAAACAUGAAAAGGUGUGUACAAAACGAGGAAAUUUGUAUGAAACAUUGUUAUGCGAAUAAACUUACACCUCAAUAUAAAAA